AUGCUUCCUGCCCAAGAGGCAGUUAAAAUCUACCAGACUAACUAUGUGAGAAACGCCAGGGCCAUCGGUGUGAUGUGGGCAAUUUUUACCAUCUGUUUUGCCAUCAUAACCGUGGUGGUGUUUAUCCAGCCGUUCUGGAUCGGUGACAGCGUCAACACGCCACAGUCCGGCUACUUUGGGCUCUUCCACUACUGCAUAGGCAACCCUAUUACCUCUGAGCUGGUGUGCAAAGGGAGUGUGCUCGAUUUUAAGUCCAGUCCAUCAGGGGCCUUUAAGACUGCCAUGUUUUUUGUGGGCACCGCGAUGUUGCUUAAUGUGGCCACUAUAGUCUCCUUCAGCCUCUUUUUUUACUGCAACUCAGCCAGCGUGUACAAGAUCUGUGCAUGGAUACAAACUGCAUCAGCUGGCCUGUUGACUCUGGGUUGUGUAAUUUACCCUGAUGGAUGGGAUGCGCCUGAGGUAAAGAGAAUGUGUGGCGAAAGGACGAGCAAGUACACACUGGGGAACUGCACAGUGCGCUGGGCUUAUAUCCUGGCUCUCAUCUGCAUCCUGGAUGCUCUCAUGCUUGCACUCGUGGCCUUCACGUUGGGAAACAGGCAGGACAGCCUGCUGCCUGAUAGUCCGAGGGAGGGAGAGUCAAAAGGAUUCCUCAUAGCUGCUGCAAUUGCUGCUGUCUCUGCUAAGAAGUGUUGGGGGGUGGAAAUGGCAAGAGUUGUUUUGCUGCAACAGGGCCUGACAAACUCACCAUCACAUAAUACACUAUAAAAUCGUAAUAGUAUCAGAGGGUGAUUUAGAAAAAUGUGAGACCAUCAAUCCAAAAACUGAUGCUGAAGUGGACCAUGAAACAUAACAAUGCCCCCAAAAUAUUCCAGUAAAUCAAGGAACCCUGCCUGUGCUUUUUGAUCAAGAGUGGCAUGUGGUGUGAAGUCCAACCAUUAAAUCCUUGGUUGUUAAGUGAUGAUCUUAUUGUUGCCACUGACGCAUUUGUCCCAGUCUUCAUCAGGUCAUCCUGUAAGUCUUUCCAUUGUAACAGGUUUUCCUUCAUGGUCCUAAUAAAGCAUCUGAAUGAAAUUUUGGG